AUUUGGUUGGCACGUGUUCCUCAGCUGCCAACUCUAAGCCUAAGCUCCUUACAUCGUUCUUCUGGAAACUCCACUUCACUUUGAGUUGAACGUUUGGUGCUCUUUUCCCCCAACUCCGAGUGGAUCAUCAUUGGAAAAGAUGUUGAUGGGUCAUGCAGAUGGCCUCCCAGAACUGAGGUCACAAAAAGAUCAAAUACUUGCAGAACCUAUGUCCGAAUCAGGUGAUGAUGAUAAAGGGCAAGAAGAUUAUUUGGAACAGAUACUGUAUUCGGCAUCCUUCGAAGAACUCGCAAGCAAUAGCCUUAAAUAUGAUACGGUCAUAUGGCUAUCUAUAUCAUUGCUCCUGGCUUUGGCUUGGGGUGUUGGCCUUAUUAUGUUGCUCUACCUGCCAAUCAGGCGGUAUGUGCUUCGGAAGGAUUUGUCCUCUCGUAGAUUAUACAUCACUCCUACCGAAAUAGUUUACAAGGUGUCAAGGCCUUCAUAUAUACCCUUCUGGGGGAAGGUGACGAUUGAGAGGCAUAUACCUCUUUCUUUGGUGAUCGAUAUUAUUAUUGAACAAGGUUGCCUGCAGUCUAUAUAUGGAAUCCGUACUUUCCGUGUCGAAAGUAUUGCACGUGGAAAAGCAGCACUUGUAGAUGAACUACAGAUUCAAGGAAUUUCUGAUCCUGAUAUUUUCAGAAAGGUUAUUGUAACGGAAGCAUCAAAGAGUUUGCGAGAUGUACGGAGGAAGUUGACUGCUCCGAGCACAAAUGUGGAAAACAUGGAUCAUAUGCCUGCAGCAACUGAGGGAUCAGUUGUUAUGAGAUCACCAUCAAAAAGUUGGAAGACGCCGGGUGUGGCCUAUUCCGCUCUAGACCGCAGAUCACCCGGAGGAUUGCUGCUUAAUAAACUUGAAGAAGUCAACAAAUCAGUAAAGAGACUUGAGAUGCUUAUUGAGAAGUCACACGCUCCUCCCACCAGUAGCUGAAGUAAGGAACCAUAGCUCAAUAGUGUAAGAAAAGAAUUGAAGUGAGUUUCAAAAUUAGUAGUACUAUUACACCAUAUUUGUAACUAUGUAGAAUGGAAAUGAAUGUCUGUUAUUAUGUUAAUGGCUGAGAAUGUUCUGUAGAUGUUUAGAAUCUCUAAUCGUAAAUGGAGCUUUGUUUUUUCCCAUAAGUUUUCUCUAUUUUCU